AUGAACAAAACUGUGGCAGCCAGAACCACUGCACGACAAUUUGAUUCUUCCAACAGUGAAUGCUACUUUCAGCCGGUUGUCAGCCUCCCACCGAUAGCGAUAUCAAAUACGGAGGAGAAUGAAGAGGGCGUAUUUAAGCGAAAAGCCAAACUCUACCGGUAUGAUAGGGCAGAGGAUCCACCUGAAUGGAAAGAACGCGGGAAAGGAGUUAUUCAGAUUUUAAAGCACAAUAAAACCGGUCGGUAUCGAGUGCUUAUGCGCCGAGACAGGACCUUCAAAGUUUGCGCAAACCAUGUGAUCACUUCAACCAUGCAGCUGCGACCCAAUUGUAACAGUGACCGAGCCUUUGUUUGGCAGACCCUUGCUGAUUUCGCUGACGAGGUUCCGAAGCCCGAGUUCCUGGGCGUUCGAUUCUCUUGUGCUUCAGAUACUCAGGAGUUCAAAAAAGUAUUCGAAGAUGGUGUAAAACAAGCAGUAGAGGCCAAAAGUAAAUCCUCUUCAGAAACAGUAGAGUCCAAUCGCACAAAAGAAACAUCAGGUGACGAUAACGAAGAAGCUGAGUCCCAAUUGUCUCAAUCAUUCACUCGAUUGCGUAUGGACAAAUCCGAUGCUCCCAAAGCAGAUGCAGACGAAGUCUCACCCAAGCUACUCACUGCUGGAUCAGGGGACAAGCCUUCUGGUUGAUUAUUUUUUUCAUGGCUAUUGUUUGUCUUAGUCAACUGUCAACUCUGAGCGAUCAGUAUGCAACCGCAUUUACUGGCUUUGUUUCACUGAAAUUCCUCCAACAUUUGUGUGUUGCAUUUUCGUAUAUUCGAU